AUGACAACCCAAGCCUGGACAGAUCGCUACUACCACAUCGACCGAAUCCUCAACGCUCCCGGCCCUCUCACCGAUCAAGCCUUCCGUCCUGGCUCCCCCACUAAAAGCUUUCUUCGCGACCAAUCCAAAAUCCUCGUCAUCGGUGCCGGAGGUCUCGGAUGCGAAAUCCUUUCCAACCUAGCUCUCUCCGGUUUCUCUGACAUAGACAUCAUCGAUAUGGACACAAUCGACGUCUCCAACCUAAACCGUCAGUUCCUCUUCCGCCAGAAAGAUGUCGGUCGAUCAAAAGCUCACGUCGCAGCAGAAUUCGUUCAACGCCGAGUCCCCAACAUCCGCAUCACCCCUUAUCACGGCAAGAUUCAGGACAAAGACCAACGCUACUAUCUCCAAUUCGACAUAAUCAUCUGCGGUCUAGACUCGGUCGAAGCGAGACGAUGGAUCAAUGCAACCUUGGUAAACAUGGUCGACCAAGAGGAUCCCGAUUCGCUAAAACCUUUGAUCGAUGGUGGUACCGAAGGCUUCAAAGGUCAAGCCCGUGUCAUCCUCCCCACCAUCACCUCCUGCUACGAAUGCAGUCUGGAUAUGUUGAACAAACAAACUACUUAUCCAAUCUGCACGCUUGCAAACACUCCUAGGUUGCCAGAGCAUUGUAUCGAAUGGGCUUCCCUUCUCGAAUGGCCUCGCCUUUUCGGCGAAAACAAGUUGGACAACGAUGACCCAGAUCAUAUCUCAUGGCUCUACCAACAAGCUUCGACCCGCGCAACCCAAUUCGGCAUAACCGGAGUCUCCUGGAACUUGACCCAAGGAGUAGUCAAGAACAUCAUCCCAGCAAUCGCUUCCACCAACGCCAUCAUCGCUGGCGCAUGCGUCCUAGAAGCGUUCAAAUUCGCCACGACUUCAGCUCCCUACCUGGACAACUACAUGAUGUUUACCGGAAACGACUCUGUCUACACAUACACCUUCCAGCACGAGAAAAGACCGGAUUGUCCAGUUUGCGGAGGUGAAUCCCGAGAAAUCCUCUUCACACAACACGAUACAGUGCAAGACUUGAUCGACAAGCUCGUCGAAUCAAACGAUCUACACAUUAAAAAACCAAGCCUCUCCCUGCUCGGCAAACCAUUGUACUAUCAAGCACCGCAAGAGUUGGAGCAAGCUACAAGCCCCAAUUUACCCAAAAGGUUGGGCGAUCUUGUCCCACAUGGCGCCCAAGUCGUAGUGACGGAUGCUGGAUUGCCUUUUACUUUGGCCAUUGUGGUCAAGUUCGAGUAA